GUCUAAUCAAAGCUGCAAAAAAAAACUCCUCAGGUAACCAUAAGCCCUGACAGGUAUGAUCGCACACGGUCAGAAACAGCAGCGAGCAAGACAGCAGCUCUCGUGCACUUCAUGUCGUGCCGGAAAGUUGAAGUGCGAUAGGCAACAGCCCUGUGAUCAAUGCCGUAAGCGAGCGAGGGAGGAUAGUUGCCACUACCUUCCAGCACCGCCAAAGAAGAAACAAAGUCGCAAUACGAAAGAACGUAUUGCACAACUUGAAGGGCUUGUCGUCCAGCUUAUGAACCGGGAUAGAACACAAGGAAUAUCUUCGGUCACUCCACCGAUAUCUGACGAUGGAGGCUCACAUAAAUCGAGAGCUCAGAUAGAUUCGACGCAUCUUCAGUCUUUAAAGUCGACGAAAGAAAGCCCUCAGUCUGAUGAUGGCGCUGACUUGGCCGCUCAUAAUUUGACUUACCUUAAAGUAAGCGGCGAUGGCGAAUCACUUUUUCGAGGUUCAUCGCACUGGGAGGCCAUUCUCGAUUCUAUCGCACAGCUGCGGGAUGAUUUUGAUGGCGAUAAUAAUAACGACGAGGACGUUGAAGAUGUUGAGAAAGUCGAGCAGAGAAAAAAUUUCAGCAAAACCGUGAUCAUUGGAGCCCCACCACCUGUUAGCAGGAGCACGCUCAUCAACUCUCUUCCCCCGAAGAAUAUUUCGGACCGUUUUUUGUGGUAUUGGUUCAACUCAGUGGAUCCAGGACUGCCAAUUAUUCAUCAACCUACUUUCCUCUCAUUGUACGACACUUUGUGGAUCGAGCCGUCCAAAAUUCCCACAAUGUGGUUGGCCCUGCUCUAUUUAAUUCUAGCACUUGGGGCUAAGAUAGCUAUGUUCAGCAACGUAAAGGAACGUGGGGAGGUACCAGAUCAUCUGUUAGAUCCAGACAAGUAUCAGCAACUUGGCGCCUCUGCCCUCGCUCUAGCCGAUUACACAAAACCGCAGCGAUAUGUGAUAGAAGCGCUAAUGACUCUUAUGAGCUGCGAGUACAUGAAUCGGGGAAAUGGUCAUACCAUAUGGCUUAUGAAUUCUUUCAUCAUACGUUUAGCGUUGCGAAUGGGGUACCAUCGCGAUGCUGACAAUUUUCCGAAGCUCAGUGUAUUCGACGGAGAAAUGCGGCGCAGAGUCUGGACAAUAUUGUUUACUUUUGAUGUGUUACAUUCAUACCAAGAAGGCUUGCCUAGCAUGGUGCAACAGAUUCAUUCAGAUACGAAGCCAGCGAGCAAUCUGCUCGACACAGACUUUGGACCCACUACAAAAGUACUUCCACAGCCUCGACCGCUCAUGGAGAUUUCACCAAUGUCCUAUCGAGUAGUUAAAAACCGUCUGAGCAAAGUCUUUGCCCUCGCCUGCGAUAUGUCACAUAUGCCUCAAACACCGCAGUAUGAGGAUAUUAUGAAAGUACACGACGAGAUUGACAAGAUUUAUUCAGAAACUCCGGAGGGCUUGCGAUUUUCCUCCAUGAGUCAAGCUAUCCUUGACCCACCAAAUAUGAUAUUCAAUCGCUUCAAACUCGAGCUAUUAUUUCAUAAGACAAGAUGUGUUCUUCAUAGACGAUCUAUGUUCCAGACUGAAGUCGCGUCCCCGCAAGAACACUCACGCAAGCUGUGUGUUGAAGCGGCUAUGAACAUCUUACGACAACAUGAGACCAUUUUCCUUGCAGCCCAAGACGGUGGGCAAUUGAGAUCAUCGCGCUAUUUCUUGGCGUCUCUAAACUCGGCAGAUUUCCUACUUGCCGCCAUGGUUCUAUGUUUGGAGCUGCAUCUCAUAUCUCUUGCACCAACUCCAGAAUUGGCUGGGCCAAACAAAAGCAGAGAUGAAGAAAUGAGGUCAUUACUAGAAGGCACGUACAACAUCUUCAAAAACUCCACGGACGAAUUCUCGGACGCUGCGAAAGCCGCGAAAGCUAUGGAAGCUAUUCUCAGAAAGGCCCAAAGACCAUCUAAAGCACCACAUAUGAAACAAGCGCCAGUUAACGCUCAAAAUUUCACUUUCGAGCCGACAAGUAUCAACCGCAGUGGUGUUCAACCUCUGUAUAACUCAUUUGAGAACUCACAAAGUGAAAAUUCAACCCUUUUCGAGCCCAUCAGCGGUAUGCUGGAAGAUAAUACCGACAUUGGGGUAAUGGAUUGGGCUGCAUGGGAUAGAUUGGUGCUGCAGUACAACGACCCAAAUAACGUCCCUCUCCAAUUUCAUGACCCGGAUAUGUGGCCACAUGAUUUGAGGGAGUGUGAUUUUCCCGAAUUUUCAGAGGGCUAUGAGUUCAAUUUCAGCAACCUUGAUCAAGGUUCCGAAAGUAUGUCGACCCUCGAUCCUACGUCAAUGAGAGGUAUCUCGAGUACGUCAGCAGAGUUUAUUGCUAAGAACCCGGCUAAGGGCCUUGUUGGAGCUGGUGUUAUGCCGAUAUAAGCUGCCAAUUGCAUAAUAAAAAUCCAACGAAGUCAAGUGUCCCUCACGCCAUAAUAACAUAAAGGCACUGUAAACUCUGAAUAUUCUGAGCAUAUCCGAAGUACAAUGUGGCUCGUUCAUACGCGAAUACUGAAG